AUGCGUUUGCUGAGUACAAGCAAGCUUGAGUUCAGGACAUUUCCUGAUCGAGAUGGCAAGACGCCCGCCUACGCUAUCCUGUCGCACACAUGGAGCACCAUCGCGGACGAGGAGGUGCUGUAUCACGAUAUCAUCAAUGGCACCGUGACUACGAGGAAGGCGUAUCCGAAACUGGAGGGAGCCAUGCAGCAGGCGAGGCCUUCGUACGAUUGGAUAUGGGUUGACACUUGCUGCAUCGACAAGACGAGUUCGGCGGAGUUGAGUGAGGCGAUCAAUACAAUGUAUAAUUGGUAUGAGAAAGCCGAUACGUGUCUGGCUUUUCUUGAGGAUAAGGCUUUUCAUUCUGUGAGCGAGAUUGUGCAGUCAAAGUGGUUCACGAGAGGAUGGACGCUGCAGGAGCUCAUAGCGCCGAAAGACGUGCUGUUCUUCGAUAAAUAUUGGACCAGCAUUGGCAGCAAGAAGUCUUCGACCAUCUACAAUGCCAUAUCAGAGCGGACGAAAGUUGGCGUUGAUAUCUUGUUGGGAACGACACCGAUUCAGAGCGUUUCGGUCGCUCAACGCAUGUCAUGGGCAGCAGGGCGCAAGACAACCCGGGACGAGGAUAUGGCUUACUGUCUAAUGGGAAUCUUUGGUGUCAACAUGCCCAUGCUGUACGGCGAAGGUGGGAAGAACGCCUUUCAUCGGCUGCAAGAGCAGAUUAUGAAAGACUCCAACGACCACACGAUCUUCACUUGGACCAGCCAUCCAGACGCCAAGACUGGCCCAUACCACGGGCUUCUCGCUGAUGAUCCGCAUGUCUUUGCGAAUGCUGGAAACUUCGUUGGCUACAACGACUGGGAAGACGCCGAGCCUUUCCAGCCCUCCAACCGAGGAUUGCGCAUCAACUUCCACCUCGAGCCGACACCUCGGGAAGCUGGUCUUGGGGAGAACACAUUCUAUGCAGCGCUCAACGUUCCGGUCCCCUCGCAGAUCCAGGGGUACCACGGUUUAGUUGCCAUCAUCCUCCAGAAGCUAGACGUCGGCGUAAAGCAGUUCACCCGGAUCCGAUGCCAUGAAGUGAGAGGCAUGACGACAAGAGCCGGAUAUGCCAGCACCGUAUAUGUACGCCAGAAGGCCGAUGCGCAGGACCACGAAGCCCUUACACCAUAUCACUUCAUGAUGCCGAGGAGGUUGAUGACGCCGCAGGACGAGUAUGUUCUGGAUCGUGUUGCGUGUUAUCCUUUGGCAGAACCGCAUAUCGCUCCAAGACCACUCUUACAAGCUUGGCUCGCGGCUUCGCAAGCGAGUUCUUUCCAAGUGAUCAAACGAGCUGGCAAGCUGGCAGCUAUUCUGUAUUUCCGGCGAAAGUCAGAUAACGCCUGGUUGUCGAUUUUGCUGGGUAGCAGGACUGAUCUUGAAGUCGGAUUCACUACAUUGGCCGGGUUUCGUCAAGUGUCCAACUUGACUGAGGCCGAACAAGAUCUGCAGCUGUAUCCGUCUGGUACGACGAUCGAAGCUGGCAACCACUUCGUGCGGAUCGAUGUGGAAGUCAAAGUCGACAUGCCUCGGAAGUUGUAUUUCCUAGACCUGACGAUCCAUGGCAGACCUCGAACGCCGCCUCCUCCGCUAUUACCGGAGGUGGUGUAUAACGCCGUGGACUUCCUAGCAGAUACCAUGCUCGAUACCGUGAUCGGUGCGGCAGAUGAGACGCAGCAACGGGCGAAGUCCGUGUCGCGGCGAGGGAUCUCGCUUCGACGAUCAGAAAAGAAGUGA